AUGGCAACAGUACAAACAAAAAAUAUUUAUUUUGCUCGACAUGGUGAACGUACUGAUUGGAUUGAUAGGACAUGGAUUGAAACAGCGAAAAGACAGUAUGAUUCUCCACUUUCAUCUUAUGGUCUUCAACAAGCACAUGAACUUGGAAUAUAUGUUACUGAAUUAAAACCACGUAUAACUCAUAUUUAUGCAUCACCAUUUUUACGUACUAUUCAAACAGCAUUACAAGUCGCUAAAGAGUUAAAUAAGAAUGUUCUAUCAAAUAAUGACUUGAUAAAAAUUCGAUUAGAACCAGGCUAUGGUGAGUUUCACGGUUCUGAUGCUAUGUGGAAUGAAAAUAAUAUCUUUCAACCAUUGGAUGAACACACUGAAAUUUUACAAUAUAUCGAAUAUUUUGAUCAAGAUUAUCAGAGUAUAUUUAAACCUGAUUAUUAUUUACAAGUAAAAGGAGAAACUCGUCAACAAUUACGUGAUCGUCUGAAACGAGUUUUACAAUGUACAUUAGAUGCUCAUACGGAUGAUUGUAAUAUUUUAAUUAUUACUCAUGCAGCAACAUUAGUCGAAGGUGUAAGAGCAUUGAUAACAAUUACUAAAGAACAUAAUCAAGGAAUUGAAAUUACAACAAUACAAGAACAAAACAAUACAUCAACAUGGGAUAUGUCUCCAAUUCGAGCAGGUGUUUGCAGUUUAACUCAUUGUGAAUUUAUAGAUAAAAAAUGGACUCUUUCAAAGACUGGACUCGCUUCAUAUUUAUCAAAAGGAGAACAACGUAUUUGGUAUUUUCCUGAAGAUAAAUCAUUAUAUGAAACAUCCGAAUAG